ACGAAAUUCAAAGAAAACACGUUAUAAGCUCAUGAGAUCCCAUUGUAAUAACCAGCCUAGCUAGCUAGGUAAUUAGCUGAUCCCUUCAUGUGUAUAAAACUCAACCUCAUGCCUGAGUUCAUUUGGAAGUUAUCAGAACAAAUAGAUCAAUAGCCAACUCAUCAUAAAAGAAACUACUUAAGUACUUUAAGAUGGAUACCAAGCUACGAAUAGUUGAUCGCGUUUAUCAGGAUUUUGAACCUCAAAUGGAGUGGGUUAAUGAGGAGGACUGCGACACUUUAAUCCUUCUUCUGCCAGGUUUUCGAAAGGAGCAAUUAAGGGUUCAGGUCACCUCAAACCAUACUCUUAGGAUUAGCGGCGAACGUCCGCUUGCAGACCAGAAAUAUCGGCGUUUCGAGAAGGAAAUCUUGGUCCCAUCGAAUGUAGAGACAACUGAAAUUACUGCAGAGUUUGAAAAAGACAAACUUUACGUCAGACAACCGAAAGUGAUCUCUCAACACAAGCCCAAAAGUGAAGUACCCCAAGAUCGGAAGGAUGCUCAAGAACAGGUUGCUCCAGAAGUGGCUUCAAAGGCCAGUAAUGUGGAUAAACGAUCAUAUGAGAAAACUACUGUGCAAGAAAAUGUCUUAGACCAUGCUAACAAAGAUCCUCAUAAGGCACCAAAGAAAGAGGAGUCGAGCAGUAGAGAUGGAAAGAGUUGCAUGCAGGUUGCAGAUGCUACAGGUAAAUUACUUGGAGGGCCAGAAGGUAAUAAGCUAGUGGUUGGGGGCUUAACCUGGGAUUUGAAGAAGGCAAAGGCAUUGAUGAACCUAUUUGUAGUUGCAUUAUUGGUUCUGGCAGUUGUGCUAUCUAUUAUAAUUGCAAUGAAGCUUAGUGGACAAUCUAAAAGUACACAUUCCGCAGUGUAGUUAUAUUUGUAAAACUUUCAAUGCAUGUAAACUCAAAUAAUGGAUUCAUGAAUUGAAUAAAGGGGCUUCAAAAUUGGAGGUUUCUCCUUGUGAAAUCA